GGCAGUUCAACGAUCUCAUCAACAUCGACAUCCCGGCGUAUGACAAGCAUUUCCCCGCAGAGGAAGACCUCCGCUACGCCGGGUACAUCUUCUGCCAGUCUUACCUCCCGACCCGUAAGUGAAGAACGACGACUGACAAAAACAAAUGACUGAAUGCUAUUCAAAUUAUGUUUAUAAAUACAGUUAUUUUAAAAUCACACAAGCCUUCUUUCAUUAAUUUUUAUUUCUCCAUCAUCUUCAAUCCUCCGUAAAUUCUAAUUUUUCCAUAUUGAACAACUGCACCGUUAAUUUUUUAAACAUAUUUUAUUUUACAUCUUAGAUUUCUUAAUUUUUAAAUAAUGAAUUCUAGCCACCUCCUCUUUUUCCAAUUAGUUUACUUUUUUUUUGGGCCGGCUCCUUAUAAAGAGUUAUCAGUUUUUCCGCCAUUUUCAACGUUUGUUGUUUUUCCACAUAUGUCAAGUUCUAAAGUUGUUCCCCCCUGAAGCUGACAUGGGCGCGUGUAAACCAAACACAGAAUCCUGUCGGGCGGAGCACGUCAAACCCUCGGACGUCGAAAUGCUGAGAACCGCCGUAAAAGCCAAAGACAUACCCCGGUCUAGAAUUUACUCCUGCAGGUAAGUUACGCCCGACUAGUUUACCUGUGGUACACGGGGCAAACAGCACCAGGAAUUUAUCGGCUUUUUGAGGCCAGUGGAGUCUGCGACACAUGACUUCAGCUCAGAGAGUAUCUCGACUGAUCUAUGUUGCUGUUAACUUUUUCUUUGUUCGUACUGGUAGCCUUCACAUCUACUCUGGGAUCAUUUUGAACCCACUACGACAUUUGAACCUACUACGACAUUUGAACUCACUACGACAUUUGAACCAACUACGACAUAUGAACCCACAACGACAUUUGCACCCACUAUGACAUUUAAACAAAAUACGACAUUUGAACCCACUACACCAUUUGAACCUACUACGCCAUAUGAACCCACUACGCCAUUUGAACUCACUACGAAAUUUAAACUCACUACGACAUUUGAAUCCACUACGCCAUUUGAAACCACUACGCCAUUUGAACCUACUACGACAUAUGAACCCACUACGACAUUUGAACCCACUACGUCAUUUGAACCCAAUACGCCAUUUGAACCUACUACGACAUUUGAACCUUCUACGACAUUUCAAGCCACUACGACACGCUGUCGGGCGGCUCUGUCUUUCAUUGUCCAGGGAAGUAUCCAGCGACCGCAACAUUCUCUAAAGGUGUAGAUGACUACAACGCUGUCACGAAAUGACUUAAGUUAAUUCUUUAAAUACAAGUCAUACUCUGAGAUCGCGGUAAGAUGGCUGACCCCAGAAAUCAACUAUGAUCGUUACAGUUCAGAACACUGCUAACACUGAUCAACACUGGACAAGCACUGUCCUACCAGAACUACGCUUAAAACAAAGCUAUGUUCUAGCACCGUGGUUGGCAAAUCGCGGCUCGCGAGCCCCAUGCGGCUCUUUAGUCACCUGAGUGUGGCUCGGCCAGUCGGCCAAAAAAAUCGGUUUUGACUCCAAAAAACAUGAUUCUUGAAAAGAAAUUUGGCUCUCAAACAAAUCUUAAUCGUCCUGCUUCUGAUUUUUGUCUCUUUUGGCUAUGGAGUUUGCCCUAUAACAUACAGGGCAGACCGGAAACUAUUUUAUUUUAGGAGACUGCAAGCUAUUUCGAAAAAAAAAAAAGGUUAUUGGAGACCUCUUGAUUUCUGAUGACUGUGUCCUAAAUGCAAGUUCAGAACUGAAAUUGCAGCAAAUACUUGAUCGAUUUGGUAAGGCCUACGGCAACUACGGCCUCAUCAUCAAUCCUCAGAGAGCGCACUGCUCACGCAUAACGAUAACGCACGGCAAGAAAAAACAACAUCGACCCAAAUCCUACUAGGGCCGAAAACAACGUGUGUCCCACGUGCGGGAAAGCUUUCCAGCCACAAAUAGGACUGGCAGACCACCUGCGUGCUUACCGUGUAAUAUAGCCUUGGUUAACGUCACAUGCGAAGGACGUACGACACCAGAACAAUGGAAACUAACUGAACUCUCGAGACCCAACGAACUUCUUGUGGUCACACGUCGUGCACACGUCAUCUCGUUUGUUGUCAUUUCCCGUUGCUAACAAUAAUAUUAAGACUUUAGACUGGCACCCAACUCACAGCUCACGACCAAAUCAAAAUGCAACCAUGGACACGGAGAUUGGUAUAAUUUGUCAAUGGACUAAUUAGCUUGCAUGUGGAAAGCGCAUACUGGGAAUUCGUUCUUCUGCACCCCGAUAAAGUGGACUCAAUUACGAAAAUUUUUUGACUAAUUGACAAAUAUUACAAAAUUCUGCACUACUGAUCAGUCCCUGGCCAAGCUGCCGGGUCCUCGUGUGAGGCUGUCUCGAUUGCGUAAUUUUGGCCAGUGUUUAAAUCGUAUUAUUAAACAAAUAAUUAAUCCUAAUUCAUUGAUUGGGGUUUAGUCAGGGGGUCAUAUCUUUGAAUUUCUCCAAUCCCCCACAUGUCAGUGUGCUGGUUUAGUCCAGAAGCUUCAGGAUUACUUGGCUGCCGUGAACAUAUAUGUAUGUUCAACCAAAAUUAGUAUUUCAUUUGUGGUAGUUUAUUUAGUUAAACGGAAGAAGUAAGUUUACAAACAUAUAGUCCAUUCAAUUAUCUUUCAUUUGAUACCUCACUUUGUCUUACAAACCCAACAAUAAUAUUUUAAAUGGUUUUUUAAUCCCAACCUCUCACCCCUGGUACCCGGGUACGAAUAGUUGCAGCCAUAGGGGAAUACGAACGUACAGGCUGCCUAGCUAUUCAUCUAAAGCAGCGGUUCUCAACCUGUGGGUUGUGACUCUUUUGGGUUCGAACGACACUUACACAUUCAUCUAAAGCAGCGGUUCUCAACCUGUGGGUCGUGACUCUUUUCGGUUCGAACGACCAUUACACCGGGGUCGGCUAAGACCAUCGGAAAGCAUAUAUUUCUGAAGUAGCAACAAAAAUAAUUUGAUGAUUUGGGGGUCACCACGACAUGAGGGACUGUAUUAAAGGGUCGCGGGAUUAGGAAGGUUGAGAACGACUGUUCUAAAGAGAAGUUACCGAGGUAGUACUAAAUGAUAUGCGAGGUGAGCCGUCACGUCAAUUUUUGAGACCCCCCUGCAGCAUUCCGGUUUGUGCCUCUGCAUUCAAAGAUGACAGUUUAAUUAUUUUCUCAUUCACAACUUUGGACCCCUUAAAUAUCCGGGAACCCUUGUAGCCGCAGAGAUUGCAGGCCACCAAGCGAUGGCCCUGCGUGUCAGAGUAGAUACUACGACUGUUUUCAAAAGACAAUAAAAAAAAAAAUAAAAAAACUAAGAAGACCCGGUCUCAAUACCAUGUCGUGGAAUUCACGGCAGUAGAUAUUUAAGAAAGCUUGAACAGUGUUUGAAAAAAAGUCAACAUCUCCGAAUGUAUUCAUUGUUAAGACAACAUUUUCAACGGAAUUUAAAACAAUGCAUUCUCUGAAAUACUGACUAGGUUAUAUAUAUUUUUUUUUCCGUGGUUAUUUAAACAUCAUUUUUAAUCAUGGCAUUGUCUAAAUAGCGUAUCUUUAAAAAAAAAAAAAAAAAAUGUGCUUUUAUAGAAUUCUUGCCCCUUUCACCAACUGCAUCCGGACUGGCCUGAUAGAAUGCAACCCCAAUUAUGAGAAGCUACUGGACUACGAGCUGGCAAAGUUUGGCGGGUAAUGCGACCUUUGACUUAAUACAGUAUGUCAAUAAGUUUAACAUAGAUCUUAAAGUUUUGAAUUCCGGUUUUGUCUCUUUAUUCUAGAGCUCCCUCAAGAAGAAAUAUGCAUGGACGUCACCUGGAAUGACACCGAAUACACUUCGAAACUUAAAAAAAAUAACACAUUAAUUAGAAAUAUUAGAUUCAUACAAUUAUAAAGUGAUCUUUUUUAAAUAAAAGAGGAGAAAGAAAAUAAUUUUAAAAAGAAUUUAUUCCCCGGCUUUUUAUAAUCGGCAAAAAUGUUGAUGUAUUACAUUCACUCACAUAUUUUACAAGAAUUCUUUAUGACAUUCCCAGCGUCUGCCUGGCAUCAAUGAACAUACAAUCGCCACUCGUGGCUCUGGGGAAGUGCCACCCGCAGUACAGUAACUGGAUGCAAAGAGCAUCUGCCCGCUCAUUGGUUUGGACCUGGUGCUCUCUACUGGCCAGCACUUUGAUCAGCUUCCUGGGAGCCAGCUGGCGCUGUCAUUGGUGACAUGCCCUGAGUCUCAAACCUUAGUCAGUGCUUGAUUGCGUCUUUUUUUCUUUUUUCGAGAUAUACGAUGCGUUGUUUAUGCUCUUAAGUUUUGUUGUUUUGACCCCUCGGUUUGAAAAUGAGCGUUUUCUUUAAGACGAUAAUUUGGGGGCAAUAUUUUAGUUUUUAAAACCCAAUGUACAGCCAACGCACUGUUAAAUCUCAAUCAAACAUCUGAACGCUAACAUGAAAAAAAACAAAAAACGCCUUUGGUCUGUUAAAAUGUUGAAUUCUUAACUUUUCCCUGGUUGAUAAUCUACAACAGAACACACAAUGCCUUGGUCAUAAAUUAUCAAUUGUAAAAGUUGGAUGAAAUAAAAACAUUUUAAUGCCAAUAACAUUUAAAGCAG